CAAAAACAAAACUUUUGUUUACUUUUCAAAACACUUUUUGUCCGCAAAAUCAUGUCUGAAGACAAUCAGUGAUUAAACUCUUCAUUCAUUCACGCAAUGAAUGUCAUCACAGAUAUGUUGUCAUCGAUGGACAGCACCCGAUGGUUGACAUCAGUGUCCGCUCGACUCGUGGAUGUGUUCGCCAGAAGUGGUCUAUUGAUCAGUGAAGACAUGACUCUUUUGGACGCAUUGAUUGAGACACAAAUGGAUGCAAACCAACAGUUGAUCCAUUCCUCCAAGUCUUUCAUUGACUUCAGCACUAAUUGCAAACAAUUACCGGUAGUUUCAAUCCUCUCACUCACCGGUGCUUUGCUAUGGUUUGAGAGCACACUUCUGGAGACCUAUCGGUUCCCACUGAUUGUGUCACUCGUUUGCGUUGUAUAA